UCCACAAAUGAGAGGACGAAAUUGAGACCUCGUGGAUUAUUGAUUUUCACAGUAUGCUUUCGAAAGCUUGCAUUAUGAUCAUAGUGAUUGAAUGAUAGAAAUAUUUUAUUUUCAUAAACUCUUAAUAGUGUUUUUCUGAAAAACUCCCGUAUCCGAUCCGAACAGGUUUAUGAAUCAUGGUUCCGGUUCCAAACAAUUUGGAUAAGCACUGCGCAUAGAUGGAAUGGAGGCCACCCGUCCCUAUGUUCAAAUUAUUUUUAUGGGAAAUUAAAUUGCUAUAAAUAGAAACAUAUAGUAGGAGGCUAUUUAACCUCUCUUUGAUUUUUAUAUAUUUCUAUUUAUAGUGUUUAUCAAUGCUAUAAAUAUAACUUACUUUCACAUUAACUAUUCAUCUCAUUUGCUAUUGCUAGCAUUUUUUUUGCAUCGAAGUUGAAAACUAAAAAGGUAAUUCCAAAUCUCCGAUCCAUGUGUUGUGUGUUAUCAACUCAACAUAUGAAACACGAUUUAUUUGGUUACAUUUUUAUUGUUUAAUUAUUUGAUGUACAUGUAUAAUGACGGGAAGUCUUUUUCCGAGAAAAUAUAUCUAACAAUUUUUAACUCUGUGAAAUUAAUCCAGGUUUCCUUAAAUGGCGCUAUCACAUUGCGCUACAGGAGAACUUAAACAAUUUGUGGUCGAUGAAGGCCAUGGAGUGAAAGGUGUAUCAGAGCUAAAGCUCAAAACUUUACCUGAAUUGUUCAUUCAACCUGUUGAAAGACGACUCGAUGUGAGCAAAGUGUUGCCAAAUGAGUUGAUCCCAGUCAUCGACUUGUCAAAUUAUGAAGAUCCAGAAGUAAUGAAAUCAAUAUGCUAUGCUGCUGAGAAGUGGGGAUUCUUUCAAAUUGUUAACCAUGGUUUGCCUCUAGAUAUAAUCGACGCUAUCAAAGAUGCAACACAUAAGUUUUUCGGGUUGUCAACGAAAGAGAAAAAGAAAUACUUGUCCCAAAAUACUCCUUCCAAAAAUGUAAGAUUCCUUACGAGUUUCAAUCCCGACGUGGACAAAGCUUAUGAGUGGAAAGAUCACCUAAGUUGUUUCUAUGUUUCCGAUGAAGAAGCCUUGCAAUAUUGGCCCACUAUUUGUAAGUAUCAAGUUCUUGAAUACCUAAAAUCUAGUGAAUCGGUUAUCAAGAAAGUAUUAGAAGUGCUAAUUAAGGGAUUGGGCAUACAAGAACUUGAUGAAACUAACCAACUAUUUCUUAUGGGUUCAAAGCGAAUAAACCUAAACUACUAUCCCGUAUGUCCCAACCCUGAGCUCUCAAUUGGUGCAAGUGGUCAUUCAGAUGUUUCAACGUUAACAGUGCUUCUUCAAGAUCAGAUCGGGGGACUUUAUGUAAAAAAGCUUGAUAGCGAUAAGUGGGUCCAUGUCACUCCUGUUAAGGAUUCGUUGACCAUAAACAUUGGUGAUGCUCUUCAAAUCAUGAGCAAUGGUCGAUAUAAGAGUGUAGAACAUAAAGUGGUUGCUAAUGGGCAUGAUAACCGGAUUUCAGUGCCGAUCUUUGUGAACCCUAGGCCGAGUGAUGUCAUUGGCCCAUUGCCGGAAGUGAUUAAUAGUGUGGACAACAUUUUAUACAAGCAUGUUCUAUACUCGGAUUAUGUGAAGCAUUUUUUUAGGAAAUCAACAAACGGGAAGGAUACUAUUGAUUUUGCUAAGAAGUAACAUCUGAUUCUACUUAAUGUAUUCGUAAUAGGACUCAUUUAGGAGUAUCAUAAAGACUUUUGCUAAGAUGUAAUUCUAAUUUAUGUAUCCCUAGUAGUACUUGUUUAGGAAAUCAACAAGGUUUGCAUGAAUCUUUAUGCAUGAACACUGAGGGUGGGCAUGAUUACAAAUUUUCUAUUAUUUAAUAUAUAUACUUAUUAUUAUUAUUAUUA